ACCAAUCUCAAGUAGAUGCACCAAGAACGAGAAUUAGCAUGGUGCUCCGCCAUCAACACCGCAUCCUCCCUCGCAUCUACUCUAUUUCCUCCAACUUACCUACCUUCAAAUUCAAUCUGUCCUUCCACUCUCCCUUCUUCUCCAUUUCUUCCUCCUCCGACGUAGCCGUCGCCGCCUCAGUUGCGACCAAAUCCCACCUUGCCCCCGUCCCCAAACUAUUUAAGCUCGACAAGCCUCUUCACCCACCGAUCCCCGACGAAACUCUGCUCGAGAUCCCUCUCGAUAAGCUCUUCGUGCCGCCGGAAGUUGAGCUACCGGCAACGGCGACCUCGGUGGCCAGGGGUAGGGUUCUCAAGGGUUCCAACAUCGUGCUGGGAUCAUACUCGAGGGAUGCCCAGGUGAGCACUGCGGAGUUCGUGAAGAGCAGCACUUGCACCGAGGACUGCCCCGCCGGCUCUCUCCCGGACUUCGCUCUCGUCGGUCGCUCCAACGUUGGGAAGUCCUCCCUCCUCAACUCACUCGUCCGCCGCAAGCGCCUGGCCCUCAUCUCCAAGAAACCUGGUAAAACACAGUGCAUCAAUCAUUUCCGGAUAAAUGAUAGCUGGUAUCUGGUGGAUUUACCUGGAUAUGGAUAUGCAUCUGCGCCUCAAAAACUUAGAAUCAAUUGGGAUGGGUUCACCAAAGAAUAUUUUUUGAAGAGGGAGACACUAGUAUGUGUAUUUCUUCUUAUAGAUGCCAGUAUCCCUCCAAAGAAAAUUGAUCUUGAAUAUGCCGGUUGGCUCAGUCAGAAUCAGCAGAUUCCGAUGACUCUGAUCUUCACAAAGUGCGACAAACGAAAGAAGAAGAAAAAUGGUGCGAAGAUGCCCGAAGACAAUGCUGAAGAUUUCCUCAACUUAAUUUCUGAAUACUUCCAGGCAGCACCCCCUUGGAUUAUGGCAAGUAGUGUGACCAAUAUGGGUCGAGAUGAGAUCCUCCUUCACAUUGCUCAACUUAGAAAUUACUGGCUGAAGCACUGAACAAGCUCUAGUGAUUGAAGAUGAUGAUUUUCUGUGGCAGGAUAGAUCUAUAAUGUACAACAGCAUCGAACUAAAAAGAAAAAAAAAAAAAAAAAACUGGCAUUUCCCUUCUGGAAAAAAGCGGUGGAAGUCUGCAUGCUUUAAUAGCAUUGUUGAAUAUUUUUUAGCAUAUUUAGAAUAUCAUGAGCUGACAGUGUGACAGUCCAAACUCUUAACUAUCGAGAUAUUGUUCAUUUUGGUCUAAGAGCCUCACGGUUUUGUCAUGUUGGUGUAACUUCUCAGUAGGUCAUCCAUCUCAGAAUUGCUCCGGGAUGGGCACGCUUAUUUGCAGAGUUUCUUAAUAAAAUUCUAACCAUUACGUCAAAA